AUGGGUCAAUACUGGAAACUCGUCAAUAUUGACAAGCGAAAGGUGCUUGCACACGAUUCGGGUUUAAAGCUCUUGGAGAUACUUUGGGAUCGAGCUCUUGAACCUCUCGUCGGCCUCCUUCGCCGGCCCCAAUGGGUUCCUUAUUUUGCACCAUCAUAUGCAAUCCAGUCAUGCAAACUGAAGAGCUUGCCGGAUCCUAUUGCCAGCCUGGAGUCGCCACUUGUUGCUCUGCCUCAGGAACUUAUUGAUCACAUCAUUUCACUGCUUGUAGAGGACGAGGGGGCUGGAAGCGGAGACUUGAUCUGCCUCUCCCUGACUUGCUCCUACUUCUUUCGUUUGCUCGGCUCUCGCGUACAAACCCUUCUGGCAGAGGAUGAAGCACCUUGGGCUGGAGAUCGGCUCAUAUUCGUUGGCGACUAUGCAAAUGGGAUUCCCGAAGGGGUUGUGACAGAAACAGAGCGUACACAGUUGCUAGCUGAAGGGCGCAAUCCUCUGUACUAUUCCAUUGAGCAAGACUUUGCCGAGAAAGGCGCGACGUUUGAGCGAAGCCGGUACGACUCGGGGGAAGUUGAAUCAUCUGGCAACCUUUUCUCGCGCGUCCAGAAGAGAAUAGGAUCAACAUCAGAAUACAAAAAGGCCAUCAAUUUGAUUACCGAGGUUCUUCAGCAAAUGCCUACUGACGCGAGCGGACAUCCACGCAAGCAGGCCGUGCUUCUCCGUAAUUUGACAACCAAGGAGUUCGUCCUUGAUGACACUAUCGCACAAGGGUCAUUGAAAUAUAGCUUGGGAGAGGUCCUUGGUACUUUUACUAUCUGGACAGAAGAUGCCUCCGGCACUGACUCUUUGGAACCUCCCGGACGAUGGGCUGGCCAUCGAUUUGACAUAGGCUGUUUGGAAGAUGUUGCAGAAGAAGGCUGGAAGGAUGUUAGUUAUGAGGCUGUUCAGAAUCUUAAUGCUGCCGGACUGGCAGGCUACGGAGUAGCUAGAAGGGCUUGGGAAUAA